AAUGUAGUUUUGUUUGAAUGACACAUCUCUUGGUUAAAACUGUACCUAAGUUUCUCUUGCAGUCUUUCUGUUCAAUAUGGGGUGGGGGGACUACUGUAGUGUGUGAAGUCUUUGAUCCACUUCCUGGGUUAAGAAAGCAAGUAAUCUGUAGUACAGUAAAUAUUUCCUCCAUUCAUAAGGACAAUGUACUGAAGACACAUUACAAACAAAGGGGUACAUCGUUCCACAUUAGAAAAUGAACAAUGAAGACGAGUUCUAUGAUGCUGUUACAGUUCUAAAGUUGAAACGCUGGUAAAGCUUGGAGUCUGAUGAGUCCUAUGAAGGCAGUGCAGAAAUGAGCUCUAAAGUAGCCAAUACAGUUGUCAGUGACAGCAACAGUGCAAAACAGACAACUAAUGGGUCCCAGCCACAGGAGAAUGGAAUCCGGAAACGAAGAACUACCUUGCCUGCUCCUAUGUUUUCCAGAAGUGAUUUUAGUGUGUGGAGCAUAUUGAAGAAAUGCAUUGGACUGGAGCUGUCCAAAAUAACAAUGCCUAUAGUUUUUAAUGAGCCGUUGAGCUUUCUACAGCGAAUCUCUGAAUACAUGGAGCCCACAUACCUCAUUCACAAAGCUAAUUCCCUCGCAGACUCUAUGGAAAGACUGCAGGUUGUAGCUGCGUUUGCUGUUUCUGCGGUUGCCUCUCAGUGGGAGAGAACUGGAAAGCCAUUCAAUCCACUACUAGGAGAAACAUAUGAACUUUCAAGGGAUGACCAAGGAUUUAGGCUUGUAUCUGAGCAGGUCAGCCACCACCCUCCUGUUAGUGCAUUUUAUGCAGAAGGUCUCAAUAACGACUUCAUUUUCCAAGGGUCUAUUUACCCCAAACUCAAGUUUUGGGGGAAGAGCAUAGAAGCGGAGCCAAGGGGAACAAUCACACUAGAGCUUCUCAAGCAUAAUGAAGCCUACACAUGGACAAAUCCUUCUUGUUGUGUACAUAAUGUUAUUAUAGGUAAACUGUGGAUCGAACAGUACGGAACGGUUGAGAUUAUCAAUCACAGUACUGGGGAUAAAUGUGUUUUGAACUUCAAACCAUGUGGAAUGUUUGGGAAAGAACUCCACAGAGUAGAAGGUUAUAUUCAAGACAAGAAUAAAAAGAAGCUGUGUGUGAUUUAUGGCAAAUGGACAGAAUGCAUGUGGAGUGUAGAUCCCAGCACAUACGACUCCUUCAAAAAGUCUGAGAAAAAAUGGGUGGAGCCAAGAAAGCCCAAGCAGAACGAUGAUUCAGACAGGUCUGAGAAUGAUGAGGCUGAUGACAUGCCUGAAGUUCAGGAAACGGUACAGGUUGUUCCUGGUAGUAAGCUUCUCUGGAGAGUCGCCUCAAGACCUCCAGACUCCACACAGAUGUACAAUUUCACUAGCUUUGCUGUGACUCUAAAUGAAAUGGAUCCAGAAUUGAUAAGGGUUUUAGCACCAACAGACUGCCGCUUUCGUCCAGAUAUCAGAGCUAUGGAAAAUGGAGAUAUGGCUUUGGCCAGCAGAGAGAAAGAACGGUUAGAAGAAAAGCAAAGAGCUGCUCGUAAGGAACGCGACAAAAAUGAAGAUGAAUGGAAGACCAGGUGGUUCCAGUUAAGCACAAACCCACACACUGGGACACCAGACUGGAUUUUUACCAGGGAGUACUUUGAUAGAAAAUAUGCUGACUGUCCGGAUAUUUACUGAGAGAAGAAUGAACUUCCAUCAGCCUGCCCAAUAUCAUCUCAAAUUCGAAAUGAGAUCAGAUUCCUUACAACUGUUUUGUUAUUUACAUGUGGCAUAAUUAACAGCUUGUACAAACCCCUUUCAACUACUGAGACCAAACCAGUAAUUCAAGUGAAGAGUAUUCUGAAAUACUGUUUUAAAACAAGCUGCUGCAUCCAGUGCAUUUAUGCAUAUAAGUUGUUGCUUACAACAUCACUUUCUUAGGAUUUAAUACCAUUUACAUAUUUAGAUGGAACAAAGUUGAUAAAAAUAAUAGGAUUCAAGCCAGACAAAGUUGAGUUGAAAAGAUCAAUGGAAUAUAUAGUGUGUUCUUAAGUCCCAAAACAGUGGUGUACUUUUUAAGUGUGAUCACACAUUUAACACACUUGUGACUAGGUGAAAUGCAGUGUAGAUGGUGGCCCGACUCAGCACUGUGCCAUACCGGCCCUCGCGGACUCCUUAAUGAACCUCAGAGGUAGGAGCUGCAUGUAGUGGUAUCAGGACUGUGCCAUUGCCAAUGUAGUGGCAUCCCUUAUGAAACACACUGUAAUGUUUCCAGUAAAGCCAUGCAAACUGAUUCAUCCACCCAGGUUUACAAUAGUACAGGUACUAUCACCUGCAGGGUAAAAUAAAAACGAAACCAAUGAUCAGUUCAGAUAUCUUGCCCAAUUCUGUAAACUGGCUCUUGGUUUCUGACUUGCCCAGACUGGUGGUUCAUUGAUUCAUUUAUUGUUGGAAAUAUCCAUCACCAUACCCUUGAGCAUUACUGGCAAGCAAUGUAUAUAUAUUUGUGAGGAUAAAAAAGCUGGUCAUUUUAAAGAUGUGUUUUUUCACGGUUAUUGAAUGGAUGUUUAUUAAAUUAACUAACAGAGUACGUAGUCAGUGUGUGUUUAAAGCAAGCAGUCCCGAAGGCCUUGCAGCAUUUUUCAUUAGAGGAAAACUGAAAAAUUAAUUAUGUAAUCCCCUUUGUAACAUGUUGACAAAGCGGGUGUACAGUACUUUCUCAAAAAAGUCAACUACCUUAUACGCAAAUCAGCAAUACUUCACUAAAUCUCAAAAUGAUAGUUUGCCGCCUCUUGUUUGUCAGACUAAACUAACAAAAACAUAUAUUUUAAUGUUAAUUUUUUAAGCUCAAACAGUCACGUAUCUGACUGUACAAAUGAGGCACCUAAAAUGACCUGAUCAUGGUUAUGUAACCAUUGAUGGUGUUUUAGUGCCUAUGAAGAAAUCAAGUUCUGUUGUAAAAAUGUCCAUGCCAACAAGACCAGCAGAAACAUUUUGUUCUUUAUUUUGAAUGGCAAAGUCCUUAUGUAUGUGUAUCACAUGUAGAACAUAAGUGACCAGUAGCUAACUUUCUGCUCAGUUUGCCACUGAUUGGUUUCUAUGUAUUAACCAUCAGCAAUACUUACAAAAAAGCAGCAUUUCUACAGGCCUAUAGAUUCUUGUACAUUUAAAUAUUAAUAUGUGACCUUAUGGUGACAUUUUAUUUUAAUUGGUGACAAAACCAAACGCUAGUGGUAUUGUCAAUGCAUACUCUAAAAACAUGAUUUUAGGGGGUAAUCUAUCAUUACAGCUGGAAAUGAGCUUGUAUUUGUUACUAAAUCAGUAAAUACAUUACUUGCAAGUCUUGGAUAGUUUUUAUAUAUGCAUUGCAAGCAUAAAAAGACUGUGAUAUACUAAGCACACAUUAACUGGUAUAAGUCCUUAAAAGUAGGGUUCAAAGCUUAGUCAGGCAGAAUUAGAUAGUUAACUUUCAUUUAUCUUUCAGUAAUUCAAAUGCAAAUAAAUAUAAACUAACACUGGCUUAUCCAUUGAAUUUAUUUGUUGCAAACAUAGUGAUUAAUUAUAUGCUUAAACCGAACCCUGAAAAUAGCAUUAAUUCCUAAAAUGGGUGGCUUGCAGGAAUAUGUGUUGAAUAAUUUCUGUGAACUACUGUUUAAAAUUAAAUAAGAAACCACAAUGUCUAAUUUUAAAUGUAAACAACAAUUUAAAUACAGCUACCCUUUUAAUUAUGUUAAAUUCUGCACCAUAAACUUUUUAUGAAUAAAACUUGAAUUUUACAUAUAUUGCAAGGGGCUAAAGAACAACAUUUGUGUACAGAGUAGAAACUUCAAUAGUCUUCAUUAAGAAUAAAUGUUGGGUUGUAUUUUUGUGAUUGGUAAGGUAUGACCGAAGAAUAUGUACAGUAGAUACUUUUCGAAUAAUAUAGUAAUAAUGAAAAAACACAUCUCUGAUUGUCAGCUAUCUUCCAUAUUCACAGUUUUGUUGUCAGUGGUUCCUCUGAAAAACACCUUCAUGUGCCAUAAAGCAAUUAUAAUUUGACCGUAGUGUUGGCUUUUAAAAAAAACAUUUCCAGAAUCUAUGCAAACAAUCAUCAAUAUGCACUUUCACACACAAUCUAUAUGGACAAUAUGCAUACUUUAGUUGGCCUUUUGUGCUUUUUGGCAGCUGGCUGAUCGGAAGGUUUACAGAAGCACAGAGCCCAUUGGCAAAAGAAAAUGCACAACAAAGAGGUGAUACAGAGGCAGCUGUUUUAGAUGGAUAUGAUUAAAUUAGACUUCACAAUAUGACAAGAGUUAGUUUGAACAGAGAUUGUUAUUUAGCAUUUGCAGUUUAAAGACCCUUUAGUUUUAAUGAGAUUAUUGUACUAUUUUGAACAGGUUUUUUUUUUUUUUUUAUUGUUAUUAUUAAUAUAAAUUUUUGUAGGUUUAGGUAAUUGUAGAUGAUUUCCUUAACCACUAUAGGCUACCUAAAGACAAAAUCUGUUACAAAUUCAAUAAAAUACAGUAACAACUAUCUUCAGGCUUUAUGAUUUGAUGAAUAGGUUGGGUGCAUCCAGAAAAUGUGUAAACUUUCAUUAUACUGUAGAAAAAGACUGAAAAGUAUUGCAAAAGUACUCCCUGUUUUCUACACACUUUGUAUACAAUACAUUUAACACUACAGCUAGUAUACAAUACAGUUUUCUGUCUCCUGAAAAUGUAAGUUUGGUCAUUUGUGAACUAUCGAUAUGGAAAUAAUGUACCUUAAAAAAUACCAUACAAACAAAAGUAUUUUGAUGUAUACUUGGCUUGUGGAGUGUGUGGAAGAGAACACUUCCCUGUGUAUCAGUUAGUAGCCCCCUAUUGCAGAUAGGUCUGUAUUUUAUUCUUAGUCUGUUAUCUGUUUUGUUUUUUCUUUCUUUCGCCUUACUCUGUAUUGUCUCAACAAUUGUGUUUGCCAUAUCAAUAGUGCCUGAAGAUAAUAAAAAAAGGCUAUUGUGAAAUGGA